AUGUUGACAUACAAGGUGUCUGUUAAGACUAGUAGUCAGUGUUUUGCUGGGACAAUAAACAGCAUUUACCUGACAUUAGUUGGAACAGAGAGAAGCAGUGACAGAACUCUGCUAGACGAAUCCUUUUUUGAUCAUUUGAAAGAGGGUACCAGAAACAACUUAGACAUCACUGUGAAGGAGGAACUUGGAGAUAUUUUGCUGGUGAAACUUGAGAGGGAGAGCUACUUUUGCAAUGAUCAGUGGAACUGUAGCUGUAUCACAGUGAAAACACCAUUUGGAAAAUCCUUUGAGUUCCCCUGUUAUCACUGGAUACCAGAAAACAAGGAAGUGGUUCUUCGUACAGGCAAAGCUGUAUUGCCUCAGGAUGAAAUCGAUUUCUGUAAAGGCUACAGAUGUGUUGAACUGGAUUCAAGACGAAACGAUUUCAGGUGGAGAGAGUGGCACACGGGCUUCCCCAUGAGCAUAGAUGCCAGUUUUAGUGAACUUCCACAAGAUGCUCAGUUUGAAAUAGAUAAAAAUCUGAGCAUCAAAACGAAAGUCAUCAAUGCAAUAGAGAAUCGUAUUCUUGGCAAACUCUGCAACAAUUUCCAGUGCUGGGAAGAUUUGGAAGAUUUUAAAAAGACAUAUUUUUUAUUCCAGAAAACUGACAGAGACUUUGUAAUGGAAGACUGGAAAACUGAUAAGAUGUUUGGCUACCAGUUUUUAAAUGGCUGCAAUCCUGUGAUGAUUAAAAAGUGUGAGGAAAUUCCAGGGAACUUUCCAGUGACACAUGUGAUGGUGAAGGGCUUCCUGGAGAGAGGUCUUACUCUGGAGGAUGAGUUAAAGGCAGGAAAUAUUUACAUAGCAGACUAUGAAAUACUGAAGGAUGUGCCAGCCAAUGCCACAGACCCAAAGACCCCACAGUAUUUGGCUGCACCCAUCUGCCUGCUGUACAAGAACACUUUUAACCAUAUUGUGCCAAUUGCCAUUCAGCUCAGUCAAACCCCAGGGAAGGAUAGCCCAAUCUUUCUCCCAAAUGAUGAUCAGUAUGAUUGGAUGCUUGCCAAGAUGUGGGUAAAGUCCUCCGACUUCAAUGUGCACCAGAUUGUCACACACUUUCUCAGAACACAUCUGAUCACUGAGGUUUUUGCCAUUGCCAUGUACAGAAAGCUCUCUUCAGUUCAUCCUGUAUACAAGUUACUGAUACCUCAUGUUCGCUACACCAUUGCCAUCAACACCUUAGCCCGUGAGGAGCUCAUUUGCACAGGAGGGAUCUUCGAUGAGGCUUGUGGUAUAGAUGUAACCGGAAUUAAGCAACUCGUGCAAAAAGCCAUGGGGAGAUUGACUUACGAGUCCCUGUGGUUCCCUGAUGAAAUAAAAGCUAGAGGAAUGGACAACCAGGAGGAUGUGCCCAACUACUACUACAGGGAUGACGGUUUGAAGGUCUGGGAUGCAGUGAAAAGGUUUGUGUCUAAUGUGGUUGAGAUCUACUACAAAAAUGAUGAGAAUGUUAAGGAGGAUACAGAGAUUCAGGCAUUUGUUUUGGAUGUGUCUUGCAAUGGAAUGAAGAAUUGUGAUCAUGACUUUCCAAAAUCCCUGGAAUCUCGAGAGCAGUUAGUCCAGUACCUGACUGUCAUAAUAUUCACAGCUUCAGCACAACAUGCUGCAGUCAACUUUGGACAGUUUCACUGGUAUGCCUGGAUCCCCAACAGUCCUUCCACUAUGCGGAAGCCCCCUCCCAAGACGAAAGGAGAUGUUGAUAUGAAGUACAUCAUGGAGAGUCUGCCUGACCGUUGGCGUUCCUGUUGGAUUUUAGGAAUUGUCUGGGUCCUCACGCAGUUCCAAAAGAAUGAGCUGUUUUUAGGCAUGUAUCCAGAGGACUACUUCACUGAGGUAGAUGUAAAGGAUGCCUUGAAGACUUUCCGCGAGAAACUUGGCGAAGUGACCAAGUUCAUAAACAUCCGAAAUGAGGAGUUAAAAUUACCCUAUGUGUAUCUGUCACCAGAUAAAAUUCCCAAUAGUGUUGCAAUCUGA